AUGAGCAGUGUGUGCAGAUGUGUAUGUAGUGCCACCCCCACAGACACUGAUGACUCACCACGGCGGCCCCACCCACUCCCCUUCAUCCCGGUUUACCCCAUAUCCUCUUUUCGUGCUCUCUUCUGGCUGUCCUCUCAAUGCUUUUUCACCUGUUUGGAAAAGUGUUAUCCGCUAUCUGGCCUCGCUAUUGAUGCGAAGAAGCGACUGAAACCACCAGACCCUCGCUGCAAAUCUGGCACUGGAUGUUUCAGACCUGAAGGUCAUUCUCCAAAGCUCAGAACCAUAGGAGGACCGAAGGCAACAAACGAGGACUUCCAAGUCGUCAACAACAUAAUUAGUGUUGCAUGA